UUGCUUUUCAGGCAGUCCUGCUGGAGUGACAAAGAAGGUUUUCGGUGUGCGGUCGUCAUUCACGAAGAAGCCUGAAGGACAUGCACAAGUCUGGAAUACUGUGGAGCAUUACAACGCAAUCAGUAUCUAGUGCAGUUCUUACCCAGCCAGGGUGCCGCUUGAAUGGCAGGCUUUCCACCAGUCUUGAACUUGAACCGUCGACUGUAGUGUAGACCAAGCGUAGAAAUUGCCCUCGGAAGAUGGAUUUCCGAGUUCAGUUCAUCGAUGACACUGACCCAUGUAAGCUUACCUUCCCGUCGCCCACUACGCCCACCACUUAUAAGUUCGAUAUCGAGCUGCCAUUACGUGUUCAACUUGCUGCAUUGAAGGAACAUCUCAACGCUCCCAAUGAGGUGUCAGAAUGUUGCAUUCAGAUUAUUCCCGGCACUGGGAACAUGAAAGAGGCGGUGGAGGUGGACGUAGACCUCUCCCUCUCGGAAAUACACGAUGACACACCAGUGUUUCUAAAUGACAAGGAGCUCAAAGUUAACCGACGUGUUGUACUGCUGCUGAGAACCAAGCUGAGCGUGAGAGUCAACAGAACUAUUGAAACGCUCUUGUUGCAAGAUGGCCCACCGACCAUCAUGCGCAAAAUUCUCUUUGCUCUCAAGCGUCUCCUUCACGAGGAUUUAGAUUUCCUGCAGGAGUUCCUGUCUUGCCAGGGUCUCAAUGCUCUAACUGAGCUGGCCCGUAUGUCAGAUGACACCACCCAGCAAUAUGUACUAAGAGUUCUGGGAGAGUUGCUGCUGUAUUUGGAUGGUCUCAAUGCCGUAUUUGAAGACAGCUUAGUGCUGCAGUGGCUGCAUAGCUGUGUGCGAUCAAGUUCCCGUCUCGUUGCUCAGAAUGCCACUGAAUUGAUGCUGGUGUUUGUCAACUGUAAAGUCAACUACAUGACGAAUUCUAAUGAAGAGGAGAUCACCCCAGCCAAGUGGCUGUACUCUGCAAUCGAGAAGGAGGAUGCCGGCCGCGGCCAAAAGCCGUUCACCACGCUAGCAUCAGCAAUGCGGGAGAAGACGCUAUGCCACGGGCACAACUUCCUGACGCUGGUCAUGACACUCAUUAACCAGCUACUAACACAAUCCUCAGAUCAAGAUGAAUACUAUGAAAGAACAGACAAACUGGAAGUACACAACAUGGAACAAAUCAUCGCUCAACACCAAGCUAAGGUUGGAAUUGAUAGAAAUAAACCACUCCUGGAACAGUUCAGCCAGUAUGAGAAAGCAUUGCGGGAGGAGUACGAUAUUGUUGCUCCAGAUGAUGAACCAGCGAAUGAGCUGACCGUAGGUGUCAAGAAAUCCACCAGUUUGCUGACUCGUGGCUCUGGAUUAGUGCGUAAACGUCGUUGUGGUAGUAUUUCGCCGUCGGCCUCAAUGACCGACGCCAAAAUGUCCCCAACUGCGUCACAGGCUAGCUUGAAGCGUGUGGAUUCCAAGCCGUCCCUACCAACCAUCGCUCUGAGGCAAAGCAGCUUAGAUUUAGCCUCUAUAAACGCGGCUGGUAGCGAUGAAUCCGAAAGCGAUGCAGAUGAGGACUCUAGAGAACCUCUGUCGCCAAUAACCAUACCUAAAACCACUGGCUUAGAUUCAGGGGAUGAAGUAACGCCACCGAAAAGAACUGGCACGAGUUUACGGCGGAAAUCGUCCAUUCGUGCACCGGGGGGCCCUCCUUCGGGCGGCUCUUCCCGUCGUAACUCUGACCAGAUCGACGACGGAGCAGAAGGCAGUGAGUCCUGGGAGCUGCGCAAGCUGAUGCUGUUCAGGCGAGCGUCGCGCAACGCCCUCGUCAAGGAGCAGGCCGACCAGGCGGAAAUGGCCGCCGCCGCUGCCGAUGCUUGCCGUCACAUCUCAAAUGUACCGGUCAACGGCGAAAUCCCAGAGAAGCCAGAAGCAGGGGAAAGCCAAGCUGCUGCUGCAACAACUGUCCCUAGUGCUGUGAGCAUACCGAGUGAAGCUGUAGCCACAGAGAAAGCAACGCCGUCUGUAGCAACACCGUCCGUGGCAACGCCAACUGAGGCAAAGCCAGCUGAAGCGAAGCCAACUGAGGCAAAACCAACCGAAGCAAAACCAACCGAAGCAAAACCAACCGAAGCAAAACCAACUGAAGCAAAACCAAUCGAAGCAAAGCCAUCCGUUGAAAGUAAAGCCAGUGUUCCGGCUACAGCGGUACCUAAGCCUGAGGAGAAAAAGCCGGAGCCUAAACCGGAGCCCAAGCCGGAACCAGCACCUCCGCCAAAGCCAGAGCCAGUUGUAGAACCGCCGAAGCCUGAGCCACCGCCAGAGCCAGUAGAUCCCCAUCCCUUGCCGGACUUAUCGCGGCCGCUGAAGGUCUGCAAUUUAGACUUUACAGAGUUGGGAGACUCUGACGAUGACGAUUGCUUAGCGCCUCCGAAGCCUAAAGGCAUGCCAGGAAUGGGCGGUCCGCCACCCCCACCGGGUAUGGGUGGAGGACCUCCGCCGCCGCCGCCACCGCCGGGAGGUGGUGGUGGACCUCCGCCGCCACCACCACCUCCCGGUAUGGGUGGUGGAGGACCACCUCCCCCUCCUCCUCCACCAGGCAUGGGAGCAGGAGGACCACCUCCACCUCCGCCGCCGCCCGGAAUGGGCGGGGGCGGACCUCCUCCGCCACCGCCACCCCCCGGCGGUGGUCCCCCAGGACCUCCGCCGCCUCCCGGCAUGCCGGGUCCUCCUCCUCCCCCGGGAAUGGGCGGCUUUAAGAAAGGUGCCGCACCUGCUGCUAACAAGCCCAUUCGCACAAUCCAUUGGAAGCAGAUUAAGGUUCCUGGCCCUGGUGCUCCUAUGAAUCCUAAUAUGCUAGGAGGAGGUGGUAAGGACACCAUCUGGAAGGACAUGCCGGAUGUGGAGAUUGACAAGCAGAAGUUCAAGAUCUUGUUCGAGGAGAAGGUCGUCAAGAAGGCAGCCAAGCAGAAAGAUGAAGAUAAACCCAAGGCCAAGUUCAUCGAGAUCUUAGAUGCCAGCCGGUCACGGAACAUCAACAUCGCACUGACCAAGUUGCCCGCGCCGCGCUUCCUCAAGGCGUCCAUUCAGAAAAUGGAUGGAAGCCAGGUCAACAAAGAGGGUGUUGAGUCUCUACUCAAACUGUGUCCAACGGCAGAGGAAAUCAAGGAACUUGAAGCGGCAAGAACCAAGGACCCUACCACACCGUUUGCACAGGCUGAAGAUUUCCUAUUCACGUUGAGCAGUGUUUCUGAAGUCAAGGCUCGCCUCUGCCUCUGGGCAUUCACCUUGGAGUUUGAAGCUGCUGAGUCGGAUCUUGCCAGUGACUUGAAGUAUGUCCAGGGCGCUAUCAAUGAAAUUUCCAAGAGCGUGACAUUCAAGAAUAUCCUGGCUGUCAUUCUCGGAAUCUGUAACUUCCUCUCCUCAAAGGAUUUCAAGGCGUUCUCCUUCGAUUUCUUCAGCAAGAUCUCCAACAUCAAGGAUGGUGUGAAGAAGAACUCCAUGCUCUUCCACGUUGCCAGUCUGAUGUGUGAGCAGUUUCCCGACUGUACUGGCUUACACCAUGAGUUUGCAGACAUUCACAAAUGCAGUAAGAUCGACUUCAAGGGCCACAGUAACAUGCUUGAUGGCUUGAGAAAGAAGCUGAACUCCGCCUGGGCCGACCUGGCGUCCAUUCUGGAAAAGGAGAACAACGACCAGAUGCAAAAGUCGCUGACCAACUCACUGGACGACAUCGCCCACCGCAUCGUCGUCCUGAACACGAUCUACCGCCGACUGGAAAACCGCUUCAAGAAAGCAGCACUGUUUCUUGGGUACACCAUCAGCAGUGCAAAGGAGCUGAGUUUCCAGGACGUCUGUAAGAUCCUAAGUGAGUUCUCCAUGGACUACCACACUCUCUACUCCAAGAAACAAGAGCUGAUCAAGAAGAAGGAGCAGGAGGCAAAGAGGCGCAAGACGCGUGGCGUCAUGAUCAAUAAUGGUGAGGCAGUCGGUGCUUCCAAGCCUGCACCCACAGCGACGGCCACCACCAGAAAGCGAGGGGCGACAAGUGCUGCAGCACCUGACGUGGCUGAUGAUGGUAACAGCGCUAACGCUGAGCAGCUGCUCAGUGCCCUCGUGCAGGAUGUCUCCAAGCUCAAGGACCUGAAGAAGGAGUACAAGAAGAAAACGCCAGGCACGACAAGACCACAGCGUAGAAAGACGAUCCGUCGCACCCUGAUCAACCCGAGUGACCUGGCUGCUGCCAAGAAAGCCGGCUAGCUGUUGUUCACGAGCAACCAGCAUACCACCUAACCACCACCAUCAUCACCGCCUCUGCCUGGUGUUGUUCAGCAGUCCGCGAUUCCCAUGCUGGCGUAUCACACAAACUCGUGUACUUGGCUGCUGACCGCAUGCGACCCGGAAUGCAUGCACUGGGCUCCACUGCGACAGGGUACGACUCUGUCGGCCUCUGUUCAUCUCAGUCUGUUCGUUCAUCUCAGUCUGUCUCUGUCUGUCCGUCUCUCCUUCCGCAUGUGAGAACUAUCGAGGGAAUAGUCACUCUGCUCCGUCUUUGCCCCCGUGGCCGUCCAGUACAUCGUGCACUUGGAUUGGCCACGCGUAAGUUACUGCUCCUAUAUUGUUCCUCUGUCGUUGUCUAUUCGACAUGGUCUAUGGUGUGGCUGUGUGUCGUGCUCCAUGGCAUGGCUGCUAGCGGUACACACACACACACACGCACAUAUGUGCUGGCCAGCAAAGUGCCUGUUGCAAUUCCCCACCCUCUAUCUGUAUGCUAGUUUCUGCGUCCACUGGCUCGGUCGAGCUCCAGUUAUUUCCCCUCGUUGUUUGGCCCGCUGCGUCCUUUUUUUGUGUACAUCUUCAACUAUUCCUAACCUAUCUGAAAGCCUUAGCUCUACAUGUUCUUAUUUAUUUGGUCCAUUAGUUGUCAUUUCCCAUUCUGGCGAAAUUCAAAGAGAACAUUGUCUCGAUUCUAUUCUUGUCAUAUUUUGCCUUCAACAUGAUAUUUUUGGCAAGUUUUGUAUCCCUCUUGUCUUGGUCUAGAUGAUAGUGGACAUUGAGAUACAACUUUGGAUAGUUACACUUGCUAAUAAUUCCAAAUCUUGCCUGGGCUGCUGUCGGCGCAUGAAAACAAACAGACGUGCCACUUC